GUCUAUAGGCGUUAACUUAACAACAAAUUUUAUUCUCGUGCAAUGGCUUACGCAGAAGCUGCAGCGGAUCUCCUCGACUUGGAGGUGCACCUCUAUCACAUGGAGCGUAGAGCCGAGCGGAGUAUAUUACGGGAGAUUCAGGAUCCAUUCGAUUUGAUGGAUUCUGAAUUUAAAAGGCUCUACCGUUUUACUCCUGAUUUGGUGGAAGAGCUUUUAAUAGAUACUUUGGGGCCGCGUUUCGAACAUCAAAGCAUUACUGGGAUAUCCCCUAAAAAUCAGAUAUGUCAUCCCGACCAGUGCAUAUUAAAUGUAAAUGCGCGAUUCCCUGGUGCACGGCACGACGCACACAUUUGGUCUGCAUCGGCAGCACGUCGAGUAAUGGAACGUGCCUAUAACAAUGGUGAAAGGAGGACAUAUCUCCUUGGUGAUUCGGGGUAUCCACUAGAGCCGUGGCUACUUACCCCAUUACCACAUGCACCUGCAGGCACCCCUCGACGUGCAUGUCAUGAUGCACUGAUGAGUUCAAGCAAUAUAAUUGAAAGGACGUUUGGGACAUUAAAAACAGCCUGGAGGUGCAUGCAUAAGCAUCGCACUCUUCAGUACGAUCCUGGAUUUGCGAUGAUGGUAAAGUAGCUGAGCCUCUCGUACAACAACUUCCCCUGCAGGAAGAAUUCGCUCGACCUCAUGCUGUGGCAGUGCGGUUACAGAAUAGAUUUAUUGUGGAGA